UGCAAUAAUUUUGAGUUCUGUAGUGAGCGUGUAGGAUGUUCCGAGGACGUUUGCUUGUGGUUGUAGCCACAUAUGUCGCUCUCGCAGCGGCUGUGGAGAUCCCACAAGAUGCAAUAAUCAAAGACUUGAUAGAUAAUUUUGAAUCAAGGUAUUCUGAUAACGUAAUUGAAGAUGCCAACCUAAAUGCGCCUGAAUUAAUAGCAAAGUAUCGUUAUCCAGUUGAAGUUCAUACUGUGACGACAGAAGAUGGCUACAUUUUGGAAAUGCACCGAAUUCCUUACGGCCGAGAUGCCAAUAAUGUACCGAAUCGGAAGAAACCCGUGGUGUUUUUGAUGCACGGCUUGCUCAUGUCCUCAGCUGACUUUAUUAUCAUGGGGCCAAGCUCCGCUCUCGCGUACAUUCUUGCUGAGGAAGGAUUUGACAUCUGGAUGGGAAACGCCCGAGGCAACACUUACUCUCGGAAGCAUGUGAGGCUGAAUCCUGAUGCCCUGCUGAACACUGAUUUCUGGAAGUUCUCUUGGGAUGAAAUUGGAAAUAUUGACCUGCCUACUAUGAUCGACUAUGCAUUAAAUGUAUCAGGGCACGAGAGACUCCAUUAUGUUGGUCAUUCUCAGGGCACUACGUCUUUCUUUGUGAUGACCUCAUUGCGUCCAGAAUAUAACAGCAAAAUAAUUUCAAUGCAUGCCUUAGCUCCUGUAGCUUACAUGGCUCACAAUACGAGUCCUCUCCUUAAUUUCCUGGCACCACAUGCUAAUAGUAUAGAAUCCAUUUCUGCCUUAAUGGGGAUAGGGGAGUUUUUGCCCAGCAGCGCUAUUCUGACGAUAGCGGGUGAGGCCCUGUGUAGAGAUGAUGUUGUGUUCCAACCGAUAUGCAGCAACAUUUUAUUUUUGAUCGGAGGAUGGAAUGAAGAGGAACAUAACGCGACAAUGAUGCCAGCAGUUUUUGGUCACACUCCGGCUGGGUCAUCAGUAAGACAGUUAGCGCAUUACGGACAAGGUAUCGCCGGCAAGGAGUUCCGUCGUUAUGACCAGGGAUCUUCAUUGUCCAAUUACAGAGUGUAUGGAUCCUUCAAGCCACCUCGGUACGACCUGUCCAAGAUCACGACACCAGUUUUUCUUCAUUACUCGGACAGCGACCCACUAGCGCAUGUUGAAGAUGUUAAUAGAUUGUUCAGUGAGUUAGGCAGGCCCAUAGGCAAGUUCAGAGUACCUAUGGCUAGUUUUAGUCACCUUGAUUAUACGUAUGGUAUCCACGCAAAAGCAUUAGUGUAUGAUAGGGUCAUUAACCUUAUUAGAGCUAUGGAUGCGAACACAUUUAACGAAAUGGACAAUAAUUGAUUUAAAAUAAAUAAAUUUAUUAACGGC